GGGGGGGAUCGGACGGAUGUCGAUAGUGCUGGGAGAGAUCGGACGGGUGACGUUGGCUGGAUUGAUCGGGUGCUUCCCGGCGUCGCCGGAGAUUACCGGAGCUUCGCCGGAAGUGGAGGUGAGCGUGCCCGUGGAAGUGGAUGAGCAGUGUAGCUCUUUGAUCGGAAGGAACAAUGCCUGUUCUGAAUCCGAUAGCGAGGGCUCGCCGGAGGUGGAGAGCCGGUUGAAGGGACCUCUGGAGACGAUGGAUGCUUUGGAGGAGGCGCUUCCGUUCAGGCAAGGCAUAUCAAGGUUUCCUAGAAGUAAGUCAAAGUCGUUCACUUACCCGACAGAUGCAGUGUCCCCAGCUUCAUUGGCCCAGAGACAUACUGAACCAGAGAAUGCAUGCACGCGCAAACGCAAGAAUAUAUUUCUCUUCACUGACAUGUUGGGUGAAGUUUGUAACAGCAACUUGCUGCAGAAAAUGGACGGGGGCACACCCAAGAAGCCCACCAACGCUGAACGCAGCACAGCACUGGUCAACCACUCCCCAAGCAGCAGCUCAGGGAGCAACAGCAGCAACAGCGAAGACAAGCAUGAGCCAUGUCAACUGCUUAUUCCCUGUCACCCCACUGGCUCGCUUGCCACUUCUCCUGGUACUGAUACCUCUCCACUGAGUCCUUUACCGAAAACAUUUACAUUGUCUUCAAAAUCGUUCUCGAGGACCAAUCUCUCAGCUUGUUCUAGCCCAGUCUCAUAGCAGAAAGUCAUUCAUGAUCUCUUGGUUACUAUUAUCCAUAAUCUUUUUAUCUCAUGGGUUGUGGUGGCCAAAAGCUUGAGAUAGAGUUUAUAAUUCUCCAUAGAUGCUUGUUCUUUGAUUAGGUUUGGAUAUGCCGGAACUCUGAGAAACUCAUGUAAAGCAUACAGAUCCAGUGUUUGGCAUUGUCCUUGUAAUGUCAAAUGUGAUGUUCCCACAUAUUUUCACAGUAAACUCAAACCUCUCUGAGCAAAUGUGAUUGAUAGAAAGAGAUGAUUAUUG